AUGUUAAAACUCGACUCAAUGUUAGAGCAUCAUGUUACAUUAAUAAUAAUGGCUAUAAUAACAUUAUAUGCUUUAUUUGGUGAUGACAUUAGGGUAUUAGUAACUGAUAAAAACGGUGACAAAAUAUUUUGGAUUCUAAAUAUUAUUUGUAUGUGUGUUUUUUUUAUUGAAAUUAUUCUUGCGUGUUUCGCAAAACCAGAUUAUUUUAACAGUUUUUUCUUUUAUUUGGAUCUCAUUUCUACCGUGUCUCUAAUUUUCGAUAUUGGAUGGAUUUCAGAUUCUAUUUAUAAUACUUAAGACUCAAACCCUGAUCUCUCUUCUUCUGGUUAGGGCUCCAGAAAUCCCUCUUAAAUAGCCCAAGCAGGUAAAACAUCAAGAGUAGGUACCAAAGCUUCCCGAAUAGUAAGAAUUGUGAGGCUUAUUAGGUUAGUAAAAUUAUAUAAACAUGCUCAAACGGCAUUAAAAUAAUAAGAAAAUCACCUUAAAUAAUUAGAAGAAGAGUAAAAAUUGGAAGAAUAAAAUCAAUAAUCAAAAAUGAAAGAAACAUAAUAAGCAUUCUAAUAAAAUCAUAAGAAUUCUGGAGAAGAAUAAUAAUUAAACAGCAAUAAUGAUAGAAAAAUUAAAAAAAAUGAAAACACUGAAAAAAAUAUUAAAUCCAAUCAAGAAAUCCAAAACCGAAAAAUCCUGAAAAAAAUUAGCAAAAUAAGUCAAUAAUAAAAAGCCGAAACUCCUUAAAUAGUAGUCAAUGAAACUAAACUAGGAAAAUAAUUAUCUAAUCUAACUACCCAAAGAGUAAUAAUUUUAGUUCUUUCAAUUAUGAUAAGUGUUCCAGUUUUCACCCUCGAAACAUACCGUGAGCCCACUACUAGUUAUAAUAAUACAAUGCCUAAUAUAUAUACCUAAGUAAAAGACUCUUUAAUUUUAGAAAACUUUAAUAAAUAUAUCAAUUUUCAUAAAGAUACUAGAACUCCUAUACUUUAUUUAGAACUUAAAACUAUAAAAAAAAUAUAUACUGAGCCUAAUGUCAACAUUUAAGCUUUAAGAAAUGACGAUAAAUCUAUUUAUUCAAUCAAUAAUUAAAGCAAUGAUAGUAUAAUCGAAGGUUUCGUAAUAAUUGACGUCAGGGAAGAUAACUAACUAAAUGCGAUUCUUUCUAUUAUAAGAACUAUUUUCGUCUCCAUAGUUCUUUCUUCUGGAGCUAUCUUCUUCUCACGAGACGUAGACAUAUUAAUACUCGACCCAAUUGAAAGUAUGAUAAAGAAAGUGCGCCGAAUUUCGGAAAACCCUCUCGAAGCAGCCCAAAUAGAAGAAAAGGAGGCCCUAGCCCUUGAGUAGCUUCUCUAAUCAGGAAAUUAAGUAGAAAUAAAGCGCAGAAAGGAACUUGAUGGUUAUGAAACAGCCACUUUGGAAAAAUUAAUCAUUAAAAUUGGUGCCUUAUUAGCUCUAGGCUUCGGAGAAGCAGGUUCUGAAAUUAUUGCCUAGAACAUGAGUCAUGGAGGAGAUGUUGAUCCUAUGAUUCCUGGUCGAAAAAUAAUUGCUAUUUUCGGAUUUUGCGAUAUUAGAAAUUUUACGGAUGCAACUGAAGUUUUGUAAACUGGUGUAAUGCUUUUUGUCAAUGAAAUAGCAGAAAUUACACAUUCUACAGUGGAUUCUUUCGGAGGUUAAUCCAAUAAAAAUAUAGGAGAUGCUUUUCUUUUGGUUUGGAAGUUUUAAGAAAAAGACUAUUUUUUGAAUACUAAGGGAUAACUAGAGUUAAAAGAUGAGGAAAGAAUAAAAAAUUAUGCCGAUUUAUCAGUUUUGGCUUUUCUCAAAAUUAUGGGAGGUAUUACAGUUUCUAAAAAACUAAUUAAAUAUAGAAAAAAUUAAGGACUUAAAUAAAGAUUAGGGGGAAAAUAUACAGUCAAAAUGGGCUUCGGAUUACAUGUUGGAUGGGCUAUAGAAGGUGCUAUUGGUUCCAAUUAUAAAAUCGAUGCUAGUUAUUUAAGUCCAAAUGUAAAUAUGGCUUCCAGAUUAGAAGCUGCUACUAAAUAAUUCGGAACAGGAAUUCUUAUUAGUGGAGAUUUAUAAUAGAUUUUGACUGAAAAGUGUAAAAAAGAGCUUAGAUGGAUCGAUAGAGUUACUGUAAAAGGUUCCAUAAACCCUAUGGACUUAUAUACAGUAGAUGUAUCCUUAGAUAAUGUUGAAAAAAGAGUCGGUCAUAUCGACAAAUUCGAUGUAGUGUACUCAAAUCCGAUGCAAAAGAAGAAGGUAAGAGUCCUUGAAAGAAUCUAAAGAAAUAAAUUAAAAGAAGAAAUUUAAAAAGGUAUUGCUUUCCCAGCAGAUAAAUUUUAAAAUGAUCAUUAAUUAAUUGCUAUGAGGGAAUUCUUCAACGAUGAAUUUUACUCAGAAUGGAAUAUUGGAUUUUAAGCAUAUUUAAAAGGUAAAUGGGAUUUAGCGAAAAAUUCGUUCUCAAAAACUCUUAAUAUGUUAGAAUAAUAUGGAGUUAAAGAUGGGCCUUCAAACACUUUAUUGGAUGUAAUAAAAGAAAAUAAUGGAAGAGCUCCUGAUGAUUGGAAAGGUUUUAGAAUUCUUACUGAAAAAUGA